UGGCAGAGACUGAUGCCCAUCAGUGAAGCAGGCUGUGUGCUGAUUGGUUGGGUCGUCUGUCAAUCAUUCGCGUUGACCGGGUGAUGUUGUGACCUGCCCGGGGGUGGAGGUUGGGGAGAGACGGCAGCUCCAGAAAUCCAGGCCGAGGCUGGAGUGGGCCCGUGUAGGCCGCGCGGAGCUGCAGCCGUCCGGAGGAGAAUGAAUCUGAUGGCGAUUUAUUAGAUGUCAAGACUCUGGUUGAAAACCAGCAACAAGCCACCAUGGAAGGACAAUAACAUUUGGAUUAUUAUUCAAAGAUGCUUGGAUUGCAAGAAUAAAAAUGUCUUCCUGCAGUUACAAAGGAAUACCAUGUGCAAUUAUGAUUUGUAUACAUAAGAAUGACCAUAACCCCGAGAGUCUGGAAUGCUUCACAGUUCAGCUGCAAAGUCAUUGAUGAUGGGAGUAAUCCUGGGGGCUGGAGUGGCAGUCGUCCUGAUUGCCACCACCAUCCUCAUUGUACACCGACGACUGCAAGAGAGAAGAAUUCAAGCUCAGGAAACCCCAAAAUACCGAUUCCGAAAACGUGACAAAGUAAUGUUCUAUGGACGCAAGAUCAUGAGGAAGGUGUCACAAUCCACAUAUUCCUUUGUUGGAACUUCAAGACCAAGAGCAAAAAGGAAAGCGAAAAUGCUGAUCAUUGCAAAACGGUUCUUGCACAUUAAUAAGGAAGUUCCAACCCUGCAGCCGAAGGAGCCCCCUCCCUCUGUUCUUGAGGCUGACCUGACUGAGUUUGAUGUUGCCAGCUCUCACUUGCCCUUGGAAGUGCUGUACAUGCUGAAGAACGUAAGAGUUCUGGGCCAUUUUGAGAAGCCUCUGUUUCUGGAGCUGUGUAAACACAUGGUCUUCCAACAGUUCCAGCAGGGGGAGUACGUCUUCCGACAGGGCCAGGCAGACAACAGCAUCUAUGUGGUACAGGAUGGCAAGCUGGAGCUCAGCCUGAUGGGAACUGAUGGAAAGGAAUGUGUUGUGAAAGAGAUUUUCCCUGGUGAUAGCGUGCACAGUUUACUUAGCAUUCUUGAUGUUAUUACGGGUCACCAACGACCAUACAAGACUGUGUCUGCUCGAGCUGCUGAAGAAUCGACUGUCCUUUGUUUACCAGUGGAGGCAUUCCAGACAAUUUUUGAGAAGUAUCCUGAAAGCCUGGUCAGAGUAGUACAGAUUAUCAUGGUGCGGCUACAGAGAGUGACAUUUGUGGCUCUGCAUAACUACCUAGGCCUGACGAAUGAACUCUUCAUUCAGGAGAACCAGCCAUCACGCCUCAUUCCACAAGCGAGCUGCACCACACGGACAAGCCCUGUGCGAUACCGCCGUUUCACCAGUGUGUCAGUAGCUGAAGAUCAGAAGGAUACUGCUGGGAAGUUGAUUCUUGACCCAGGAAAUGAAGUACUAAAGGGACCAAUUUUGGAGAAUAAUCGGGGAGCAUUGCUGAGCCGAUGUAUAUCCAUGCCAUUGGAUAUUUCUGGAAUACAGAAAGGAGUUUGCUCAGACUUUGACAUGGCGUAUGAAAGAGGGAGGAUUUCAUCGUCCUUUCAAGAGGAUAGCCCAGUGAGCUCCAUGCCACUAAGCAGAUCUGCACCACAAGAGACCAGGGAGCGUAAGUCUGUGACAGUCGAGGAACAUCCAUCAUGUGUGUAUCUUUACACUGAGGACGACACAGAUGAAGUCUAUGGAGCGCCUCAGAUCAAGCAUGUGGGAACUAUUUUCGAGGAGGCGAAGCAGGAGCUCCUGAAACUACUGCGUAUUGAGGACCCAUCUCUUCUUAACAACCGCGUCACCUUGCACUAUGCCAAGCCUGGAAGUGUACUGGCCCGUCAGGGAGACCAGGAUGUCAGUUUACAUUUUGUGCUGUCGGGCUACCUGCAUGUUUACCAGCGAAUGAUUGACAAGGAGGACGAUGUGUGCCUAUUUGUGACUCACCCUGGAGAAAUGGUGGGCCAGCUUGCUGUCCUGACUGGUGAGCCACUGAUCUUCACUGUCAAAGCAAAUCGUGACUGCAUCUUCCUUAAGAUCUCCAAAUCGGAUUUCUAUGAAAUAAUGCGCGAACAGCCUAACGUGGUGCUCAGUGCUGCACAUAAUGUGGCUGUCAGAAUGUCACCAUUUGUACGGCAAAUGGACUUUGCAAUCGACUGGAUGGCAGUAGAAGCAGGCCGUGCCCUCUAUAGGCAGGCUGACCGAUCAGACUGUACCUAUAUUGUCCUGAAUGGGCGACUGAGGUCUGUGAUCCGCAAGGCUAACGGCAAGAAAGAACUUGUAGGAGAAUAUGGACGUGGAGAUCUGAUUGGAGUGGUUGAAGCCCUAACUCACCAGCCCCGCGCCACUACAAUGCAUGCCGUUCGUGACUCUGAACUGGCCAAGUUACCCGAAGGAACACUGAAUAAUAUCAAGAGAAGAUAUCCUCAGGUAGUCACUCGGUUGAUUCACCUUCUGGGUCAGAAGAUCCUGGGUAACCUGCAGCAGGUGCACGGGACAUUUCCAGGCUCUGGUAUCGGACUCUCGACAGCUAGCAGUGCCGAUGUAACAAACCCAACCAGUAACCUAUCCACUGUGGCUGUGCUUCCAGUCUGUGACGAAGUACCAAUUGCUGCCUUCACCAUGGAGCUGACUCAUGCACUCAAUGCUAUUGGGCCCACUCUGCUGUUGACCAGUGAUAUUAUUAGGCAGCGUCUGGGUGCAUCAGCACUGGACAGCAUCCAUGAAUACCGUCUGUCAGGCUGGCUGGCCCAGCAAGAGGAUAUCCACCGCAUUGUGUUGUACCAGACUGACUACAGCAUGACACCUUGGACCCAACGCUGCAUUCGGCAGGCAGACUGCAUUCUUAUUGUCGGACUUGGGGACCAAGAGCCCAGCUUGGGAGAGCUGGAACAGAUGUUAGAGAACACAGCCGUUCGGGCACUGAAACAGCUCAUCCUUUUACACAAGGAAGAUGGUCCCAGUCCUUCCCGGACCGUGGAGUGGCUGAACAUGAGGAGCUGGUGUUCCGGGCACUUUCACAUCAAGUGUCCUCGCAGGAUCUUCUCUCGUCGGAGCCUCCAAAAAUUGAGGGAGAUGUAUGAAAAACUAUUUGAGAAAACAGCAGAUCGACACAGCGAUUUUUCUCGACUGGCCCGAAUCCUCACAGGAAACACAAUCGCACUGGUCUUAGGAGGGGGAGGAGCCAGGGGAUGCUCACAUGUUGGUGUAAUGAAGGCCAUGGAGGAGAUUGGAAUCCCGGUCGAUAUUGUUGGAGGAACCUCUAUUGGGUCGUUAAUUGGGGCAUUAUAUGCUGAGGAGCGGAGUGCAGUGAGGACGAAGCAGAGAGCAAGAGAGUGGGCAAACGCAAUGAACUCUGUCUUCAAAACUGUGUUAGACCUGACCUACCCCAUCACCUCUAUGCUGUCGGGUUCUGCCUUUAACACAAGCAUUGCUGAUGUGUUUGAAGACAAACAAAUUGAGGACCUGUGGAUCCCAUAUUUCAAUGUAACAACUGAUAUCACCGCAUCUGCGAUGCGAGUGCACAAAGAUGCAGGCAGUAUCUGGCGUUACGUCAGAGCGAGUGCAUCUUACGUCCCUUAUUUGCCUCCUCUCUGUGACCCCAAGGACGGGCAUUUGCUUGUGGAUGGCUGCUAUGUAAACAAUGUCCCAGCUGACAUCGCAAGAAACAUGGGCGCCAAAACAGUGAUUGCCAUUGAUGUGGGCAGCAGGGAUGAAGUUGAGCUGAGUAACUAUGGAGACAGUCUUUCCGGAUGGUGGCUGCUUUGGAAACGCCUAAAUCCAUGGGCAGAAAAAGUUAAAGUGCCAGAUAUGGCAGAAAUUCAGUCUCGACUGGCUUAUGUCUCCUGUGUUCGACAACUGGAGCUGGUAAAGAGCAGUGCGUACUGUGAAUACAUCCGGCCACCUAUUGACAGGUUCAAAACCAUGGACUUUGGCAAGUUUGAUGAAAUUUAUAAUGUCGGAUACCAGUACGGAAGGGUGGUCUUCAGUAGCUGGAACAGGGGUGACAUUAUCGACAAGAUGCUAAAGGACCGAAAAUCAGUUGAUUAUUAUGAAAUCAAGAAGAAGAAUGCUUUUAUGUCCUCGAAUGCUGCAUUCACUGACCUCGCUGAGAUUGUGUCUCGAAUUGAACCCCCAAAGAGCUACAAUUUAGCAGACGCAGAAGAAUCUGAUUAUCUUACUGAAUAUGAGGAUGAAGUGAUGGAUACAGUGAGGGAUGAGGAACAAGAUGAGAAUGAGGAACUUGAAGACCAGGACGAUCCAGAAACCAACCACUCAGCUGCUGAAUGGACUCAGGAAUCUGCUUUUGAAAUGGAUGAGCAGAACAAUGUAAGGCAUCGUAAAACUGGGAGCAGCCCCCAGCAAAAUCCCAGCGCCCAAUCAGACUGUUGCUAAAACUCUACAUACUCAGCCUGGCCAGCAACUCCCACUUCAGUAACGGAACCUAGUGAAAGAAAGGGAUUUACAAAAUUAUCCUGUUGAAUAGCAAAACAUCUCUUGCACCAAUCUUUGCGAGUGUGGUAUGCUAUUUGUAUCAUAUUUCCCCCUCCAUCAGGGACUGUUUUCCUUCCUGUUUACAGGAGCUGGUUUCCAGCUCUGGGAGUGUCCAGGGGACUUGCUGUCAUUUCAGUUUGCUGCUGGGUGCAGCGUCUCCUUUUAACUCCAAGUGAAGUUGCUGAAUCCCAUGUCCUCCUUUCAAUCAAUUCUCCCCUCAGUAGAAAAUCUUGCUGCUUGCUCCUAAUACUUUAAUUUUGUUUAAAUUCCAAGUUAUUGGAAUACUUGAGUGAGUAGGUAGGGUGGCCAGCUGCCCUGGUUUUGGGCUUCUGAUGGCUGUGCUGGCUUUGUCAAACCCUGUCACUUGCUCAGCUCGUCAGUGUCUGUCCAUUCUUUUGAUGCAGAUUGGUAACAAAUCAAGAAAGGAGCUAGUUUCUUUUUAUAUUAUUUUACCAGCACUCCAGAUCGCCAUCAGCGAAGGUCAGUUUUGUUUAAACGUUGUUUAAACUCAGUGAGUGCUGUAUCAUAACCAGUAUCUUCUAACAGAGAUCAGUUUUCAGCUCUGUGUUCACAAUCUGUUAGCUAUUAGCUGAAUUUACUGUCCUAAACUCCAGUUAGUACUGUCACAAGUGAGAGAUUUAAUGUUGCACUGCCAUUUCUGAACCAUACCAUGUGGAUUAACUCCUUAGGAGAUAAUGGUUGAAUUACACUCUGAUAUUCCCCACACAGUGUAAGUAACAGAGUUCACUCCAUGAUAGAUGCAUUACUGUAGCUCCAUAUACGUGCAUCUUGUCCGAUUUUGUUCUGUCCUCCAUAUCCAACACUCUCCUUUUCUCCCCCUUCGCGCCCCCCCCCACCUGACUACCCCCACAACCUUCUCCGCUUGUCCCCCCGUGCCCCCUCCCUGCAACACCGCCUCAGUUGCCCAAGUUUCAAAGGGUCCAAAUCACUGUCCACCUCAUUCUACUAAAACCGAUCAGUAAUUCCAGACUCUGAGAAUGAAAAGUGAAAAUGUCCUGCUCUGUGGAAAUCUCUCGCCCCGUUUAUUUCCGGUCUGUUCCUGCUCUGCAAACCCAUGGCUUGAAUAAACACCAGCCCAUCAUUCUGUCAGUGUGAACCUGUGGACAAGGAGCGGGGUACAGCAUAACACAUAGAGAGACCAGACGAAAAUCUUUGGAACAAGCACCAAGUCAAAGAAAAACAAAAUGCUGUGGAUGCUGGAAAUCUUGGAAGAAACAGAGUGCUGGAGAAAUUCAGCAGGUUGUGCAGCGUCAGUGGAGAGAGACACAGUUAAGGUUUUGAGUCCAGUAGGUCAGCUAUGAAGAAGAGUCAUGAUGGAUUUGAGAUGUUAACUCUGUUCUACUCUCCACAGAUGCUGCCACACCUGCUGAGUUUCUCCAGUGUUCUGUGGGUUUAUUUCAGUAAAUAAAUUAUUCAAACAAAUGUAACACUUAGGGAAAAGCCCACAUAGUGCACUCCUGCUUAUAACAAUUUAAAUGUGAAAAUUACUGGGAGCUUCUUGCCAUCUCUUGGGUACAGAUGACCCUGAACUGUUUCAGGGAUAGAAUUGUACCUCCACAGGACAGGAAGGCUUUGUUGGGCUAUUGAUGGUUGUAAUGUGGUUCUAUACUAAGAUUCGCUUUUUGUUUGGCACUGAUAAUGUUAUUGAAAUGUUUAAUUUUUGAAUAAUCAGUUAUUGCUGUUCAACUAUUUAAUCACCUGCACUGCCAUUAAUCUGUGACUUUUAAUUGGUCACUUUAUUCCCUCGAAAUCUUCGAGAUGCUGCUUUGUUUAGCCUGAGAAGCUGAUGAGAUUAUGAUUUGCAGAUAGCGUUAUGAUUGUGAUCUAAUGCAUUUUAUUUGGCCAUGCAGAAUCUGCUGCCAGAUUAACGUGAUCACAAACUAGUUACUGCUGUGCGAGGAUUCACUUAGCAUUCCUCAUCUCCACAGCUGAUUAGACUGAAUAUUCACCAAUUGGGCCAAACUCACCGAGUUUGCCCAUUUAACAAGUAGAAGCACAUUGACAUUCCUAGUCGCCUAGCUAUCCUCCUCCUGUUUAAACCUCUGGACCAGUGUAAAUAUUGAAAGAUAAAAAGCUGCAUUGUAACGAAACACCUUAACCCUCCUGCCAGAGUCUCAUUUGUUGAUCCCUACCUGUCAAAAGUUUUGAUAGUGCACCUUGGAAGUAGCUGGUUGAAGCACUGUUCAGCCAGACCACUCCAGGCACUGCAGAACAGAAGCUACUUCCCGUAGAGCCCUUUCCAAGCCAGUCUGGAUAUGUCUGGAGUGACUCCGUCUGGUACAUUUCAGUGUCAACAGGGAAAACUCUAAAUUUCCAAAGAGUAAGGUUUUGUAAUGAAUGUUGAGCUGCUAUGGAAAAUUGGCUCCAGCUUCAGUGAUAGGGAUAAUGUUCGUAAUGUGUAUUCAUCACCUUUUUGAAGUGAAGGCUAUAAAUCCGGUCUGUUCUAUCCUAGUAAACCGAAACAUGUGGAUGUACCAACAUUUCAGUAAUAUGUAGAGAAACUUCACCAAUGGGAUCACAGUAAUGCAGUAAAGGGAGACGUGCUGUCAAAACUUUUCAUGGCCUGCUCAUCAAGAUGGAGUUGUUAGAACACCAGAUUUCAAAGACAACAAGUUUUGCUGUUCAUACUGUAUUAGUGUAAAUUAUUGUUCCAUUUGAAAUUUGGUAUUCUUGCGAUUACAUCCUGAUGAGUGCGCCAUGAGAAGCCUCCUUUUAAAAGGAAUAAUAAGAUCCUGUUAUCGCUCACAUACUGAGCCAAGUGUCAAUGCCUGUCUGAAUGGAGGCUGUUGAAGAUGGCUACAUAUGAAAAAGCUCCAAAAAUUGGGUUUUCAAUUCAGGAGAACAUUUCGUUUCGAGAUGAGGAGUUUUCAGUUUGGGUCAGAUAUCUGACCCAUUACAGUGUGCAUAGCACAGGAAGACCGGGCAGAACUAACAACGCGCUUGCCUCUGGAAAGGGCAAACUAUGACCAUCCUGAUGGUGUGGGAAGUAAUGGCAUUGUGCCACCUGUGGUUACUACCCCUCCCCUUGCUCUGUAGUUAGUGCAGGUGGCUCACUGCCGCCAGUGAGAUGCUGCUAGAUUGACUGGAUAGACACAACUGUACCCGAAAGCAGAGACAUUCUCAGCAAUGUUGCACGGACAUUGUGAGGAAGCCAGCAGAUCCUUGAGAUUCUUGCACCUCCAACACUAGUAAUCUAACAAUGCAAUUUUCAUCUGAACUUUUUUUACCCUGCUAUUUGCACUGGUCAGUAAUGGAUGUUAAAUAAUUCUGUGCAUUUUUGUAGUUUUAAUCAUUUGCAAUGAUUAAUGUGAGAUUUAUUUCCAAAGUUAAUCAGCAAUAUAAUAAAUCAUUGACUAGCAGAGGAUGUCACAAUUUCUGAUGGUUGAAUAUAUAAAGGAAAUAAUGGUAUUAAAUACUAUCAAACUGUUUACUGCAAAAA